AAAGGCUUCUUAGUCUCAUCCCAAAGCAAUUUUCUCUCUACUCUAUUCUUCUCAUCCCUUCUUCUUUAGCUUCUAAUUAGAAGUAAUUAAAUCAUUUUAAUUGUGAAAAUGCCUGGCAUAGCUUUUGGACGUAUAGAUGAUUCAUUUAGCGUUGGGUCUCUUAAGGCCUAUCUUGCUGAAUUCAUCUCCACCUUGCUCUUUGUCUUCGCCGGAGUUGGUUCUGCCAUUGCUUACAACAAGUUGACAGCAGAUGCAGCUCUAGAUCCGGCUGGGCUAGUAGCUGUUGCAGUUUGCCAUGGAUUUGCUCUAUUUGUGGCCGUUGCCGUUGGCGCUAACAUUUCCGGUGGACAUGUUAACCCAGCUGUUACCUUCGGAUUGGCUCUCGGCGGUCAAAUUACAAUUCUUACUGGCCUCUUUUACACCAUUGCUCAGCUUUUGGGUUCCAUUGUAGCUUGCUUGCUCCUCAAAGUUGUCACCGGUGGAUUGGCGGUUCCAACUCACAAUGUGGCAGCUGGAGUGGGAGCUCUUGAAGGAGUUGUUAUGGAAAUUAUUAUCACUUUUGCUUUGGUAUACACAGUAUAUGCAACAGCAGCUGACCCAAAGAAGGGUUCAUUGGGUACCAUUGCACCCAUUGCCAUUGGUUUCAUUGUUGGUGCCAACAUUUUAGCCGCCGGCCCAUUCUCCGGUGGUUCAAUGAACCCGGCCCGUUCAUUUGGGCCUGCUGUGGCCAGUGGAGACUUCACUAACAACUGGAUUUACUGGGCUGGGCCUCUUGUUGGUGGUGGAUUGGCUGGUCUUACUUACAGCAACGUUUUCAUGCAACACGAGCACGCACCUCUCUCCAGUGAUUUCUAAGUAAAAAAUUGUUUUGAGUUUGAUUUUGUACAAUAAAAAGGAAGAAAAAAGCAACAUUAAUUUUGCUCUUUCUUUCUUUUUGUUUGUUUGUUUGUUUUCCACUUUAUCCUUUGUUGUUUGCUUUCCCUUUCUAGCUUUUGGGUUUGCAGCUGUACAUUCAUCUCUGGUCCAAUGUUAAUGUUUAAGUGGUGUUCGAAUUUCGUGAAAUCGCAAUCAUUUAUUGUUAUA